AAAUCUUGAUGAAUAACGAGUCUCUCGCUUGUAUUAUCAUUAACGAUCCUCGAUUAAUUGCUCCUUAUCUUUGCGUAAUCAGAUAUAUUAAAAAUCUCUUACACGUCAUCUUUUAGAUUAUACUUUACAUCAAUUUCAUCGUAUAUUCCGCAUCAAAAGUUCGUUUAUCGUCAUAUUAUUACUCGAAUAUCUCGAAGACGUUAAAAUUAUAAAAAUUUAUCCUAAAAUCUACGAUCUAAAUGUUUCCUAAUCAAACUUUUAACGCGUUAGGAUUCUCCUGUCAAUUUUCUCGGCCGAAACACACAUUAAAAUCUUCCACGACGUUUCUAAGACCACCCUGGGCGCAACUUCCGGUUCGUUUAGAAGCUAGCAACCUGCACCUCGAUUCCUGAACCGUUUUGGGAUACCCAACUGUGCAUGGAGAUCAUCAAGCGGCACACGUGUGUGUGUGUAUGUGUGUGUGCGCGCGUGGUUCGCUACGAAAAGAAAACGAGCAUCGAAAGAAGAGCAAAGAAUUCCAGUUAUAACCAUAGAGGAAAGCUAACGGUGACUGUUCCGUGACGUGUGUCGCCUUCCUUCCCGCCUUUUUCCAACACCAGCCGACUCACCCCUUCUGCCGUAAAGAUAAAUAGCUAAAUCCUAGAGAUCCUACAGAGAGACAUAAAGACGAGACGUGGAAUAAAUUUCCAAAAAUCGCGCUUCGUUAAAAACUCCCGUUUCGAUUCGAUCCCGAUCUCUAUUUUUGACGAUCCAGGGUAAGAUCCGAAGAGAUUCCCUCACUUUUCAAUGUCGUUCUCGUUCGUUCUCAAAGUGAUGUUUUCCUCCUUUUUCUCUUUUUUCUUUUUUUCUCAAAAGGAAAGAGGUACCGAUCUACCCCAUUAGAAACAUAGGAUGUCACGUCGCGCGAAAUUGCAACGACGUGGACACGUCUCAUCGCUCGCCCGCUCGUCCGGGGAGUUAAAGCGUUCGAUGCACGAGCAACGAAUUACGAAGCGACGUCCAUAUUUUUCAACCCGCCUCCUUUUCCACCCUCCCCUUCAUUUCAUUUUCUUCCUUUUCUCUUUGCGCGAUUCUCUUCACAGGAGGAAGGCCGGGCAAAGAUAUAACGUACGACGUGUCGGUCGCGGCUCUUUCGUCGCGAUACCUCGCCACACGAUUAAAAAGUAUAGAAUUAGGCCGCUUAGCUAGGCCGUUCACCUCUCGUCGCCGAUUCCUUCCUGCGCCGCCGAUCUAUUAAUUGUCCACCGCCACCAUCGGGAUCCGCCCGAUGAUGGACUUUCCUCCCUCGUGCGCUCCACGAUGUAAAAUAGUAUCGUGCUGCUCGCUGUCUGGAAGAAUGCGCGUUGGAAUCCAAGGGAAACUGGGACGGGCGAAAAAUCACUUGCGCGACGAGUUCAGAGAGAGGAUUUUCGACAAGAAACGGGGAAUGAUUCUGUAAAUAGAGGUAUACUGGGAAGGGGUUGUUGUUCGAGUUUAAAGCGAAACUUCACUUUUCGGGCUAUUUUAAGAAGUUUCGAAUUUUAUUGCCUUUCAUUUAAAGCUUCGAUGAAUCAAAAUUUUUAUACAUUCUUUUUUUUUUUACGUGGUUUGAUAUCGAUCUCCAGCCUCGAUAUCAAAAAAUUGUUUCGAGUAUUUGGUACGAAAAAAAAGAAAUUAUAUCGUUCACGCUUCGAAUCCUUUCGUUCCUUGAAAAUUCGAAUCUUGAUCGCACUACUGCUCUUUCUAACAAUCCUUUCUAAUAAUCUUACAACAAGCUUAUAAGAAAUAUAGAAAGAAUUGACUUUAACACGAAAAGAAAGUAAAUAUUACACACACACACACACACACACACACACUUUCUCUAUCGAAGCCAUAACUGAAUAUUUUCCCCUCGAUUCCCGACUAUUAUAUCAAUCAAAAAUGUUCACUUCGACGAGGAAAAGUUUGUAUCGAUCCACAACUCGAUAUUUCUCGCACAACCAAUCACGGAACGAUGAUCCGUCACCGCAACGGGGAUCGUUAAACAAUCGCUGGAGGCGAGCGGUGCACCCGCGACGCGAUUGGAAAGAAGGUGAGUGGAAAAUCGGGCCGUUGUCGAGGGGGAGGGGGGCACAGGUGCAAAAUUGGCGAACGAUACCUGCGGCCACGCAAGGAUCAGGAGGACGGAGGCGGCAAACGGGCGGCGGUGGUGCGGGCUCAGGACAAGAAGGGGCAAACGAUGGAAACAGAGGGAGGGAGAGAGGCCGGGUUCGCUCGUGGUGGCAUCAGUUGCCGGCAUCGCGCGAUACACUGCGCUCUAUCUCGUACCUCUAGUCUCGUUUUCGUGCCUCGUAACAACCUCAGCUAGUUUUCUGCUUCUUUUUUCUUUUGUUUUUUUAACGAGAAGAAAGUUCGAGAACGAAUUUGAAUGAUCGUGCGUCGAUCGUGAUCCGAGUAUUUCGCGAAUCAUUGGAGAAUUCGGGGUUGAGAAGUCGAGGACAAUGGUAUCCACGGAAUUUUGAGAAGUCGGAGAAGUAGCAACAAGUUGGAAGAAACGAGUAAUUGUUUUUAUUUUAUUUUAUCGUUAGUUGGGGGGAAGUCGAUUAUUGGGGAAUGACGAGUGGAAUCGAAGUUUAUGUAAGGAUCUAUCGAUUGCAGUUUUCAGUGGGAUAGUUUGAAUCGUGGUUGGGAAGAAAGUUGGGAGGAAAAUUGUGUCCGUGAUUGUGAUUUCCUUUGAAAAAUUCGAAUUGAAGCGAAUUGUAGAGAAUAACAAAUUAAUCUUUCGUAUUAUUGGUGUUUUAAAAAUUUUCCUGUAUAAUCGAAAACUGCCAGUCGAUAAUCGAAAUUAUAAUGGAUUUACACGAUCCUCGUGGCAAUGUGCGUUCAAAUUUUUUAAAUAUUUCCUCGACACGCAAUUCAUGAACGCGACUCGAAAAUGCGAACGACUCGAGCUAUCCAAUCAUCCGUUUGAAAAUCCCAAAAACAUAUUCCAUCCGUUAUCUUUCCAUAUAAAUCCUUCUUACAUUAAGGCGACAAAAUCAAGAGAUGAAUAAUUUCUAUCGGAAGGGGAAAAAAGAAGAAAAACUUCUCUUUAAUUUCAUUAAUUUCAUAAAACUCAAUCGUCUCGAGUCUCGUACAGAAAAUUCGUCGAUUAACCCAAUUUUUACGAUAUUCACUCGUACGGAAUACAUAUCAAUUCGUUACGAUCAGGAAAAUUACUCGAUUCGAUUUCACAGCGCAGAACUCGUUUCGCGAAUUUCAUCGCUUGCCACUUGUGUGUUUUUUUUUUUUUUUUUUGCCGUAACAACAACCGACGUUCUCCAUUGUGAAAAACGAUAAAUCAUCUCACGUGUCCUCACCUCUUCCCUCCGAUGAAACGAAACGAAACGAAUUUAUUAAAAAUCGAACAUUAGUCGAUCGGUGCGUAUAUUAAUAUCAUCGGUUGGAUUGGCCGAUCGAUGAUGCAACACAAAAGGUAACGCCACGAAACGUAAUUUACCACGGCAACAGUUUCGACAGUGGCCGGUUAAUUCACGUUUGCAACUUUCCCGAAAAGUUUCCUCCGCAGUAUUGCGCAAAUUACCGAUAUGCCCUUCUCCUUUAUUCGUUUCGGUCGGCGAGUAUAGGUUGGCGAGUGCGUGAGUCGAAUCCGUGCUGCCGUUAUUAUGAUUUAUGCUAAUGAAUUUGUCACGGGAAUCGGGGUGGAUUUAAUCAUUGGGGAAUAAAUAUUCCAUUGCGAAUUGAUAAAGGUAGAUACGUUUCCUUUUUUCUUUCUCUUUUUUUUUUUUUUUUUUGGACGCGUAGGAGAAACACAAUUGCGCAAUUCUGUAAUUUAAAAGAGCGUAGAAUGAAAUUUUUCUGUAAUGUAAAGGAUAACCGCAAGAUAAGUUGCACAAGUGUCGGUCGAGAGAAACGUUUCGAGAGAAAGCAUUCAACAUUGUACGAGGAUCAACAUCGAUAAAAAAAUGUCGAGAUAAAGCAACUCGACUCGUAAUAUCACGUAAUUCAAUUCGCAAAUUCGUCGAGAGUGUACAUAAUUGGAGAAAAAUUCAGGGGGAAUAAAAUUCGAUUCAUUUUCGAAUGGAGUAAAAAAUUUCUUAAGAUCCGAGAGAUUCCGAAAUGGAAUACAUAUGUAAUUAACACGAUGACGCAAUGACGAAUCCAUCCAUAAUGGACGAUACCUUAAAAGCCAACGUUUAUUAUCAAUAUGAAAUUUCGUCAAAUUCGAACCAACCUCUCUCCACGAAUUUCUUCAUAUUCUUCUUAUCCGAACAAAAAAAAAAGAAAGAAAGAAAAACCAUCCUUUCCAUCAUUUCCCCGCUCGAGAACUCAUCAGCAGCACCUCGUCGCGAGGUUGACCAUCCUUCGAAAUUCCAAAUCCAGAAACCUGCCAGGAACGAGGAUCGUCGUAAAAGACCGGUCUCGGGGCAAUCCCGUCGUAAAAAGAGGCGCGAAGAGAGGUUGAAAAGGGUUGGAAAUCCUGACAGAUAAAUCGAGGUGAGGCGUGACAGGUGGUGGUGUUGCGAUUCGAAAAGAGGAGGAGUCAUCCGGCGCGCGUGUUGCAACGAGGAAGAGACGAGCGACAAGGUUGUACGCUGCCUUCGAGAGGAUCGACAGCAUGGUUGUGACGAGAGCGGGGAGUCGGUGGCCCGUGGAAUCGCGGAUGCACGGGGCAAGGGUUGGCCGAGCGAGAGGAACGAGCGUGCACGACACGGGCACGUAGUCUGCCCGAGGGUGAGGAGGAGCGUGCGUGUGAUGUCGAUAUCGCGAGCGCGAUCCUGGCCGCUUCUGGACCCGCGCGCGAAGCAGGAGCGCGAACAGCAAGAUCGUUUGGGGAGCGAGGAGGAGGGGGAGAAGAAGGAGAAGGCCGUGGAAGAGGAGAAGACCUGCCAUCCGCACAACGGCAGCCCUCAGGUGCAGGCCAGACGAUUUUUGUCCAGGCACUAUUAUCCCGAAGGAGGGUGGGGGUGGGUGGUGACGGUGGUUGGCACGUUGGUGCACUUGCUCGGGCCGGGAUUGCAACUCUCCAUCCCGGCGACCCUCGCCUUCCCGGCAACCGUCAAGUUUUAUCAUCAUCCUCUUCACACUGCCGGAUGGCUAGGAGCAAUGUCGACAGGAGUGGCUCUACUAGUUUCACCGGUAACAAUAGCGUUUUGUCGGAGAAAAAGUACAAGACUCACCGCGGUUUUGGGUGGCCUCGUUACAGCACUCGGCUGCCUUUUCACUUCUUUCGCCUCGCAGUUCCACCAAUUGUUCAUCAGCUAUGGCACCGUUGUCGGUAUAGGAGUCGGCAUGACCAGGGAUUGUAGUACUUUAAUGGUGGCGCAAUAUUUUAAGAGGAGGCGAGAACUGGUCGAGAUUUUCAUCGUGUCCGGAAGUGGCCUUGGCAUCGCUGUCAUGUCGGCUUUCAUUAAGGGAAUGAUUAGCAAGAUCGGGUGGCGCUUAGGCCUUCAAGCAGUGACCGGUGUGGUAUUCCUCACGUUCAUCUUAGGCACUUUUUAUCGAAGCGCAUCCCUGUAUCAUCCGCAACGUAGAGCUAUUCUACAUCUGAAAAAUCAAAAGCGUAAGAUUAAGGAUAAGAACAAGACGGACGAUGGUCCACCGUUCUUCGACUUCAGUACGCUGAAGAGCAAAACGGUGAGAAUACUGCUCGUGUCCACUGGGAUAUCUGCCUUCGGGAUCAACACUCCGAUAUUUUACCUGGCGCACCAAGCCGAAGAAGAAGGCCUUGGGGACACGGUGAUCCUGCUUCAGGCUUAUCUCGGUCUGGCCUGGACCCUCGGCUGUGUCGCCUUUGGCCUUUUGGUCGUGCAUCGCAGCGUCGAAUGCAGGAUAGCGCGUCAGUAUCUCACGCAAGCGGCGGUAUUUGUAUGCGGAUUGUGCAUUCUGGCCCUCACCGCCGUUCAAGGAAAUUAUCACGGAUAUGUGUUGUUCGCCUGGAUAUACGGCAUCUUCUGCGGCGGCUACCAUUACAGCCUGAAAAUGUACACAUACGAGAGAGUCAGAGCGAGGAAUUUCGCGAGAACGUGGGGUUUCGUUCAAUGUUCCCAAGCCAUACCAAUAGCGAUUGGAGUCCCAAUUUCAGGAUACAUGAACAUCAGUUGUGGCGGGAAAGCUGGUUACUACUUCAGCUCGACCUGUGUACUGGUGGGCAGCUUCACCCUCUUCUUCAUAGAUCUUCACAGAAGAAAUUUGUCGAGGCACAAACACGUCAGGUCUAACGGGACCAAGCACCUCUGCGUCUCAGACACUUGUCCGCAACGGAGGAAGUUGUCGUUCAGCCAGGAACCGGACAACGAUGGGCCGCACGUGGCUGCUGCCGGGGCUGCUGCAGCCGCCCUCGUGCUUGGUGCUGAAAUUGCACCGAAUCAAGGCGAAUACGUCGACGGUCUUGCCCCAGAGAAACCCGAGUUAACGUGCAUCUCUGAGGAGGGGAUCGCAGACAUGGACCUCCCAGACAACAUGCUCGAGGACCUCGAUUACAUCGGGGAUUGUAUAACCUCGUGCAACAAGGUCGAGAACUAUCUGAUGCUGUCCGAGUUCGAGAACAAUCUGAUAGCUGAAAUACCGAUCAUCACGGAUCGCCGAGGUCGAAGGUGGUCCCUGGCUCGUUCGAAAGGUGGCCAAUCGAACCUCGAUCGUCCCUCAGCGCCACAACCUCAAAACGAGGAGACCGAAGCCAAGCCUAAAUGGCACGCGGCUCCUAAUGUGCCUCCUAAUAACAGGGUGAUCACCGUGAUCGACGAGGCAAGCACGUAGCUCGAUCGUACCUAAGAUCGCGAGAUCCUCGUAGAUCGAACACUCCUGUGCGUUCAAUGGAUAUUUUAAAUCAAUCUUUCUUUCUUUCUUUCUUUUUCUUCUUCUUUUUUAACAAAGCUAUACCACAAUUUUAUAUGCAAGAAGCGUAGAAGAAGCAAACGUUUUUCUUACGUAAAUGAAAUACGAGUGCGAAGAAAUUGGAAAAAUAUUUUUAUGAAUUUUAUACGUGGAUUGAAUUUUAGGAAUGGUUAUGCGGAAUAGUACAAAAUGGAUGGAAAUCAUGAAUUAGGAAAGAAAGAGUUUGUUAUAUUGAGAGGCUGAUCUUUUUUCUCUUUUUUGUCUCGUUUGUUGGCCUUUGAUUUAAGAUAUUGUUAAGAGAUGGUUGUUGACGAUAAUAGCGAACACGGUGGCGCCCAUUAAUCUGGCUCCCAUAGAAGCGUAAGAGAGUCCAGUAUUGGGUCACUUAAUUCGCGGUGCAAUUAAGGACAAUAACGUCGGCUUUCGACGAGAGGAACCACGGAAACGUUCCGUCCACAUGGAGAUAACCUCGACUCCCGUCGACGUCUUUGUUUAAGCUUCGUGCUAGUUCACUGCCACGCGUAGAUUCACGAAUCGGACGAUCUUUCAAUUAUCGCGCGAAUAUCGCGUAAUCGAAUAUUCCUUUUCAAAAUAAAAAUAUCUUUUUCUUUUUUUUAAUGUCCAAUUUAUUUCGAACGUCAUAAAUCAUGAAAUCGAUUUUAUUAAUUUCCAAUUGAAAUGUAUAUAAUAAGAAAAAAAGGAAACGAAGAUCGUCCGGUUCACGUCCAUGUAAAAGUCAUGAUCUAGAGCCUUUAUCGAAGGAACCGCUUUAUUACGUAGGCACUGCUAGCUAAAGAUACUGAAACUAGUCCGAAUCGAAAUUCGUAUUGCAGUGAUAAAUGGUAUAUAGUAUAACGAUACGUGGAAAUAUUAGCACACGAGAGUAAUUUAUCCUUGUACCGUCGUUCGAGGCAUUUCGAGACGAAUAUUAUUCUCUUUCAAUGAUUCGAGCGCGGAUCGUGGCCGGUACAAAAAAAAAAAAAAAGAAAGAAAAACACAAAGAGAUAACGACACUAUUUAUUUAUCAAACUAUUUAUAUUAGAAAUUAUUCAUACGCAUAUCAUGUACAUAUACACAUACACAUAUACACUUGUAAGGCGUAUACACAUGCGUAUGAUGUUAUAACGUAGAUUAGUAUUAAGAUGCUCCGAGAUUAGUCGAUUAAGAUUAUAAUUUGAAGCUAAUCGAAUACCGAAGAGAAUAUUUGUACAGGGAAACUAGACUGGUGUUACGAAUCAUUGAAUUCUUUUUUUUGAAAAAUAUGCCGAUCGCGUCGAUAAAUCGAAGAUGGAGAUAAAAAUUUCGCGAAUUUAAUUUGACGAAGAUGAAAAUGAAUCAUAAAUUAUUUUUUAACCAGACAUGACUCCCAAUGACUCGACACUUGCCUACGUAACCACGUGUUUAAGUUAUAUUUAUCGUAUUAUUGUUAUCAUUAUGAUAACAGAUGGCUACUAGUCGAAAGCGUUGUUCGAUCGACGCGAAUGAACAAUAACUUACAAAUUUAUUACACGCCACAGUAAAAGAUACAACACGAAUAAACUGCCUAUAUAUAGUAUAUAUAUAUAUAUUGUAAUAUUGUAACGUUGUUAAUACAGAAAUGUGAUUUUAUCAAAUAAUUUCUAGUCGUUUCUUUUACUACACGUUUCGCGAAACAAAAAGAAAAAGAAUCAAAAUGUGUAACGAUGUCCUUUCGACGCAGUUAUAUUUUCCUUCAUUAACCUACUUCAUCCAUACACAUUUCUCUUCGCAAUUAACUUCCGAGAUAAGGUUGCACAAAGACUUGCAACUUUUUUUUUUCGAGAUACAAAACAUACAUUACAUCUUUCGUUCUUCAAACAUCUAAAGCUACGUGACUUAUUUGAGAAACUCUUAGAAUGGAAGAUGAUUCUAGACUUUAUAUCUUCAGACUAUUUUUACGUAUUCCUCGUAUAAUCUCUCUUAACACUCGUACAAUUGUGUUCCAAAGUCAUUACACAAUGAAUCAAAACGGGACGUGCAAAUCUUGUGUCAACGAAUUCAUUGAUAUUCUCGUUUUAAUUAAAAUGUUUUAAUUAAUGGAAAUAAAUCAAAGACGUUAAAUAAA